AAGACCACUAGUCUAAAUUACAUUAUAGCCACAGAAGUUAGGGGGUUUUCAACGUGUUUUCACCUGAUCCUCCUGUUUCUGUGCUCAGUGGAGGUGACAGGAGAACAGCAGUAUGGUGGCCUGGGAGGAGAGAUCACCCUGACCCCCAAGGUCUCAGGACAGCCUGAGGACAUCCUGUGGAAACACAAUGGGAACAAGGUGGUGGAGUUUGAUGGGAGUCAGAAUGUGGAGUAUGGCAGGUAUAAAGGCAGGACCGUCCUGGACUGGGACUCUGGAGAGCUAUCUAUCAAAGGUCUCACUGAUGCAGACAGUGGGCCCUAUGAGUUAGAGGCUGCCGUCAAGGGCAAGCUGCAGUACUCACAACAUGAGGUGGACGUUAUUGGUAAGUGUGUAAUGUUACUGUCUAGAGGCCUGCAAGUCAGGUUUGUGUGUAUACAGUAUGUUGAUUUACAGUAUCAGUACGGGCGUUUAAAAAAAUAAUCAUUAGGCCUAGACAACGGCUGAUUAAGUGAUGCCAGAAUUGUAAAAAAAAAAAAAAAAAGGAAUUGUAUACCUUGGGUACUGUAACUAAUGAGUCAGGACCCACAUAUUCUCACCUAGCUCUUGAACUCUUGUUCCAGUGUGAUAUUGAAACUGCCCCCUUAUCAUCAUUACAUCUUUAUUACAAAUGUUCAAAGUUGCUGGACAGGUUUUCACCCACACCAAGACACACCUCUCCUCAGAUCAGUUGAGCUGAAAACAGCUUCUCUCUUUGCUGUGUGUGUGUGUGUGUGUGCUCGUGUGUGCACGUGUGUAGAUGAUGUGGCACAGCCCAGCGUUACCUGUGUGGUCAACAUCACAACCCCAGAGAAAAGCGACCGAACCCUGCUGUGCUCAGCUGACCUUCAGCCCCUCACCAAGUUCAUCUGGAGGAGUCCUGGAGGGUCAGUAAGUCCAGGACCUGAACUGUUCAUAGCUGGGGGGGAGAACCAGGAGUCUGUCUACACAUGUGUGGUGAAAAACCCUGUUAGUGAGAAAACUGCAGAGUUCACCCUGAAGGACUGCUACGCUGGUAAGAUAACACUUCUAAACUGCAGUUAUAGUAAUAUAUCGUACUCUCACUUUCAUUCUCUCUCGUGUUCACAAUUUGGAUGUAUUAUUUAAUGCUGCCAAGACAUUUGCAUGCAAUGUACAUGCUGUACAUUUAUUGCGAGUGAGAACAUGGUUCAGAGAGACAUGGAAUGAGAUUUUUGUGAAUACAAUGUUAUAGUGAGCAUGCUAAACAUCUUUUUUGAAUAUCCAGGAUAUUCAUAUAUUAGUCACUUGCAUUACUAUAUAAUUCAUAGUGUUAUGACUGCUUAAUUCAUGUGUUAUUAAGUGUGAAAAUGCUGCCGAUCCAAGUUGUUUUAAUGGUGUUUCUGUGCAGAGGAAGGCUCAUCCAGUGUCCUGGCUGUGAUCCUGUCCAUCCUCAUCCUCCUUGUCUUAGUUGCCGUUCUGGUAUUAUUGUGGCGCUGGAGGAAAGGCAAGAAACGUAAGACCAUCCUAUGUCCUAUGACAAAAUCAGGCCUGAAGGCCAACCUUUAGUUCCAGACUCAGGAAAUAUAAGGGGCAUAGUUCAGUAUUAAGGGAGGAAAAGCCCCUCAUUCUAAUGAUCUGGCUAGACCAGAGUCAAUCCAUUUCCUCCCUACUCCCCUGGCAUGUGCUGAGCUUUCAGAUGAUCACGGUCCCAGUGACGCCAGCUGACUUGUUACAAGGUCGUUGACCUUGGAUCUGAGAUUAGAGAUUAGAGUAGAGAAGAGGAGAGAAAAGAGUACAACCAGCAAACACAGCAAAGUACAUACAUAGUCUUUCUGGUUAGACAUAUAAAUGAUACAGGAUGUUUAUCCACAUCUCUUCCCUAUGUCUAAUUCUGUCCUUUAUCCCUCUUGUCUUUUCCACUCUGUGGUGGAUGACCAGCGGCUGAAGCUGCACUGAGAAAAUCUGAAGAGGAGGCGGUGCUGAUGAAAGUUACAGUACAAGGUUGUUUAGCUGUAAAAAUGCUAUUUUGAACUUGAGGUGUAUUGCUAUAGACUUCGUUUGGCCAUCACAUAUAUUUUAAGACAACACUAAUACCUUACCACUUUGCUGUUUCUAAAUAAAACUAUUUUGUUUUAAUUUAAUAGGAAACCAAGAUCCUGAAGAUGACCAUUCUGAGAACACUGGAAAUACAACUUAUACACAAAAAGGUUCUCCUUAUAUGGUGUUUAUUACCUUGGGCAUAAGGAACUUUGAAUACAUAUGGUAAUAAUGGGAAUGAAUGUUUUUGUGUGUACAGGACAUGUGAAGGAGGUGAUAGAGCUGUUUAACAAGCAGGAUGCAGAUGCAAACAGUAAACAGCACACCGCACCAACUGGAAGGAUUUUGUCUCCAACAAAAAGUGGGGGUCACAUCCCAUUGGACAGACAGAAUGACAGGCUCUCAGACAAACAGACAGGUGAUUUUUUUCUCCCAUGGCAGAUAGCUUAAACAAAAUAGUCAAUAUUGAGACUGACAAUGACAUAAGUCAUGUUAUCAUUAAGACAAAUGUGUCUAUAUAAUAGUGUUUGUGUAGUCAUGUAUCAACCCAUUUUCUCAAUCUGUGUUUCAGAGACAGAGCCAGUACAGGACAAACCCACCCCGGCCCAACCAGACCUAGUCACACCAGACCCCACCCUGGCCCAACCAGACCCAGUCACACCAGACCCCACUCUGGCCCAACCAGACCCAGUCACACCAGUGCCCACUCUGGCCCAACCAGACCCAGUCACACCAGUGCCCACUCUGGCCCAACCAGACCCAGUCACACCAGACCCCACCCCGGCCCAACCAGACCUAAUCACACUAGACCCCACCCUGGCCCAACCAGACACAACAGUUACCAUUCUGGGCCAACCAGACCCAGGCACAUCAGAGUCUACCCUAGCCCAACCAGACCCAAGCAUACCAGAACCCAAAGAAGCCCAGCUAGGUCCGGACACACCAGAACCCAACCAGGAAACAGGAGUGUCGGAGACAAAGCCAGUCCAGGACAGGCCUGGGAACAAGGACAGCACUCCACUCUUGAACAACUCAGACGCCAUGUUCCUCCUCAGCACAGACACACAUGUUGCUCUGGACCACAAUGGUGGGAAAUCAAACAUCCAUGAGCCUCAAGCUGCACUGAGAAAAUCUGAAGAGGAGGCGGUGCUGAUGAAAGUUACAGUACAAGCCCAACCAGACCCAAGCAUACCAGAACCCAAAGAAGCCCAGCUAGGUCCGGACACACCAGAACCCAACCAGGAAACAGGAGUGUCGGAGACAAAGCCAGUCCAGGACAGGCCUGGGAACAAGAACAGCACUCCACUCUUGAAUAACUCAGACGCCAUGUUCCUCCUCAGCACAGACACACAUGUUGCUCUGGACCACAAUGGUGGGAAAUCAAACAUCCAUGAGCCUCAAGCUGCACUGAGAAAAUCUGAAGAGGAGGCAGUGCUGAUGAAAGUUACAGUACAAGGUUGUUUAGCUGUAAAAAUGCUAUUUUGAACUUGAGGUGUAUUGCUAUAGACUUCGUUUGGCCAUCACAUAUAUUUUAAGACAACACUAAUACCUUAACACUUUGCUGUUUCUAAAUAAAACUAUUUCGUUUUAAUUUAAUAGGAAACCAAGAUCCUGAAGAUGACCAUUCUGAGAACACUGGAAAUACAACUUCUACACAAAAAGGUUCUCCUUAUAUGGUGUGCAUUACCUUGGGCAUAAGGAACUUUGAAUACAUAUGGUAAUAAUGGGGAUGAAUGUUUUUGUGUGUACAGGACAUGUGAAGGAGGUGAUAGAGCUGUUUAACAAGCAGGAUGCAGAUGCAAACAGGAAACAGCACACCGCACCAACUGGAAGGAUUUUGUCUCCAACAAAAAGUGGGGGUCACAUCCCUCUGGACAGACAGACAGGUGAUUUUAUCUCCCAUGGCAGAUAGCUUAAACAAAAUAGUCAAUAUUGAGACUGACAAACAUAAUAAGUCAUGUUAUCAUUAAGACAAAUGUGUCUAUAUAAUAGUGUUUGUGUAGUCAUGUAUCAACCCAUUUUCUCAUUCUGCGUUUCAGACACAGAGCCAGUACAGGACAAGCCCACCCCGGCCCAAUCAGACCUAGUCACACCAGACCCCACCCUGGCCCAACCAGACCCAGUCACACCAGUGCCCACCCCGGCCCAACCAGACCUAAUCACACCAGACCCCACCCUGGCCCAACCAGACCCAGUCACACCAGUGCCCACCCCGGCCCAACCAGACCCAGUCACACCUGUGGCCACCCUGGCCCAGCCAGACUUAAUCACACCAGACCCCACCCUGGCUCAACCAGACCUAGUCACACCAGAACCCGCCCUGGCCCAACCAGACUUAGUCACAACAGAGCCUGUGCCAGCCCAACCGGGUCCAAUCACAACAGAGACAGCUCCAGGCCAAACAGACCCAAGAACAAGAGAGACAGCUCCAGGCAAAACAGACCCAAGAACAAGAGAGACGGCUCCAGGCAAAACAGACCCAAGAACAAGAGAGACGGCUCCAGGCAAAACAGACCCAAGAACAAGAGAGAUGGCUCCAGGCAAAACAGACCCAAGAACAAGAGAGACGGCUCCAGGCAAAACAGACCCAAGAACAAGAAAGACGGCUCCAGGCCAAACAGACCCAAGAACAAGAGAGACGGCUCCAGGCAAACCAGACCCAAGAACAAGAAAGACCGUUCCAGGCAAAACAGACCCAAGAACAAGAGAGACGGCUCGAGGCCAAACAGACUCAGCAGACACAACAGAGACAGCUCCAGGCAAAACAGAACCAAUAACAAGAGAGACGGCUCCAGGCAAAACAGACCCAAUAACAAGAGAGACGGCUCCACGCAAAACAGACUCAAGAACAAGAGAGAUGGCUCCAGGCAAAACAGACCCAAGAACAAGAAAGACGGCUCCAGGCCAAACAGACACAGCAGACACGACAGAGACAGCUCCAGGCAAAACAGACCCAAUAACAAGAGAGACGGCUCCAGGCCAAACAGACCCAAGAACAAGAAAGACAGCUCCAGGAAAAACAGACCCAAUAACAAGAGAGAUGGCUCCAGGCAAAACAGACCCAAGAACAUAAGAGACGGCUCCAGGCAAAACAGACCCAAUAACAAGAGGGACGGCUCCAAGGCAAACAGACCCAAGAACAAAAGAGACGGCUCCAGGCAAAAUAGACCCAAGAACAAGAAAGACGGCUCCAGGCAAAACAGACCCAUGAACAAGAGGGACGGCUCCAGGCAAAACAGACCCAAGAACAAGAGAGAUGGCUCCAGGCAAAACAGACCCAAGAACAAGAGAGACAGCUCCAGUCCAAACAGACUCAGUACACACAACAUAGACAGCUCCAGGCAAAACAGACCCAAUAACAAGAGAGACGGCUCCAGGCCAAACAGACCCAAUAACAAGAGAGACGGCUCCAGGCAAAACAGACCCAAGAACAAGAGAGACGGCUCCAGGCCAAACAGACUCAGCAGACACGACAGAGACAGCUCCAGGCAAAACAGACCCACUAACAAGAGAGACAGCUCCAGGUCAAACAGACUCAGCAGGCACAACAGAUCCCGCCACGGCCCAAAAAGACCCAGGCACAACAAGACCUGAAGAAGUUAAUCUAGGCACAAACACACCAACACCCAAAGGGGCUCCACUAAAUGCAGAAACAGAAAAACAGGGUAGACAGGUGGAUGCAAAGAACAAGGUGGACGUUGGGAAGGAUGGAAAGACAAACCACAACCAAAGGGAUUGGAAAGAGGGAAAGCAGAAG